AUGGAGACUCUCUCAUCAGAAAAGGUGGCCGUCAACAACAUAGCAGACAUCUGUAUCAUUGUGGGAUAUUUCAUAAUGGUCAUCAGUGUUGGCAUUUGGUCCAUGUUUCGGACCAAUCGUGGGACAGUUGGAGGGUAUUUCUUAGCUGGACGGACUAUGACCUGGUGGCCGGUUGGUGCAUCUCUGUUUGCCAGUAACAUUGGCAGUGGACACUUUGUGGGGUUAGCAGGAACCGGGGCAGCCAGUGGCAUCGCAGUGGGGGGGUUUGAGUGGAAUGCUCUGUUCAUUGUGCUGCUGCUGGGAUGGUUGUUUGUUCCCGUCUACCUCACGGCCGGGGUGAUCACCAUGCCCCAGUACCUGAAGAAGAGGUUCGGAGGGAAUAGAAUCAGCCUCUAUCUGUCUGUUAUUUCUCUGUUCCUGUACAUUUUCACCAAAAUCUCAGUGGACAUGUUUUCAGGAGCUGUGUUCAUCCAGCAGGCUUUAGGGUGGAACAUCUAUGUGGCUGUCAUUGCUCUGUUGUUCAUUACAGCUUUAUAUACAGUGACAGGUGGUCUUGCUGCUCUAAUGUACACGGACACAGUUCAGACCUUUGUCAUCAUUGUAGGAGCUUUUGUCCUCACCGGCUUUUCUUUUGCUGAAGUCGGAGGCUACAGUGCUCUGGUGGCCAGGUACAGCUCUUCAGUGCCAGUAAAUAUCUCCUCCUUGGAGCCACAGCGCUACAACAUCUCCCCCCAGUGCUACACCCCCAGACAGGAUGCCUUCAGCCUGCUGAGGGACCCCACCACAGGGGACCUGCCCUGGCCUGGGGUGGUGUUUGGGAUUGCUAUAGUGGGAGGAUGGUACUGGUGCUCAGAUCAGGUGAUUGUCCAGCGUUGUCUUGCGGCUCGUAGUCUGACCCACGUGAAGGCCGGCUGCAUCCUGUGUGGUUACCUCAAACUGCUGCCCAUGUUCCUCAUGGUGUUUCCUGGGAUGAUCAGCAGGGUGCUGUACCCAGAUGAAGUUGGCUGCGUUGUUCCUGAGGUGUGUAAGAAGGUGUGUGGGACUGAAGUGGGCUGCUCCAAUAUUGCUUAUCCUAAACUGGUGGUCUCAGUCAUGCCAAAUGGUUUGCGAGGUUUGAUGCUUGCAGUGAUGCUGGCUGCUCUCAUGUCCUCUCUGGCCUCCAUCUUUAACAGCAGCAGCACUCUGUUCACUAUGGAUAUCUGGACUCGCAUCCGACCACAGGCCACAGAGCGUGAGCUCAUCAUCGUAGGCAGAGUUUGGAUACUGUGCAUCGUGGCUAUCAGCAUCUGUUGGAUCCCAGUUGUCCAGGCAGCACAGAGUGGUCAGCUGUUUGAUUACAUCCAGUCAGUCUCCAGCUAUUUGGCUCCCCCGAUUGCCUCUGUCUUCCUCCUGGCUGUGUUUAUUAAGAGGGUUAAUGAAUCGGGUGCAUUCUGGGGUCUGAUGGGCGGUCUCAUGAUGGGUUUGUGUCGGAUGCUGCCAGAGUUCUGGUUUGGGACUGGCAGUUGUAUUUACCCCUCUAACUGCCCUUUCCUGGUGUGUGGCAUCCAUUACCUGCACUUUGCCAUCAUCCUCUUCUUCUGUACGUCGGUGCUGGUGCUACUGGUCAGCUACUGCACUGAGCCAAUAGACGACCAACAUCUCCAUCGUCUGGUGUUCAGCCUGCGUCAUUCCAAAGAAGAGCGGAAGGAUUUACACUUAGAUCAUGAGGACAAAGCGAAGAGAGCCCAAAAAAGUGCUGAAAAAAGGUCAGGGGAGAGUAAUAAUAGUGAAGCAGUAGCUGAAGAGGUUGGAGACAAGUCUGGGAUCUGUGCUCUGAUUGGUCAGUUGUGCAGUGGAGGAAACAGCUCCCAGACACAGGAGCAAGAGACACCAGAGGCACCGCAACAGCAGCCUGACAUCAGUGAGGACCCUGUGUGGAAGUAUGUGGUGGACGCUAAUGCUCUGAUCAUGAUGGCUGUAGCCGUGUUCAUGUGGGGUUACUACGCCUGACAGACUGAUGCUGUCAUGACAUGAGAGUGGAUCUGUUUCAGUGAGUCACUGUGUGUAAUUUAAUCACUUUAAUUACACAGAAAAUAAAGUCAGACUAGAAAGGAUUAAAGGAUACAACAGUGUUGCCACCUGUUGGCAAGUACCUAUCAUUACACUGGAAGUCAUUGGAUGGUUUCUGUAAUAACAGCAAUAUUAUAUAAUACUAGCAUCACUAUGGUCUUUCUAUAUAGCUCAACAGUCUGGUCUCCUUCAGUGCAUUUGUCCAAUUUCACAGAUGAAAUGAAAUAAAGCAUCAAAGUACUAAUAUAUCAAGUUAGAAUGCCAUUACUGUAUACAGUUACAUGCUGAUUAAAUUACAAGUCAAUCGACUCCCACUUCAUGCUUUGAAAUUAAGGUGUGUGAAGAAGAGAUGAUACACUGUUAGAUACCAUCCUCCAGUUGGGUAAAACUUUAACUCAAUAAAAGG